AUGGAGGUUCCAUCAUUUGCUAUGACUGUUUGGCUUUCCAAGUUCAGAGAAUGUCAAUAAAAGAGUCUUAAGCUUAACAGGGUGUUCAUAAAUUCAACAUUUGAAAACUGUAAAUCAGCAGAGGACGGAGGUGCAGUUUUUCUCCAGAAUAUCUAUUCUACUAUUUUAGAGGGAAAUGUAUUUUCUAAAAAUUAGGGUAAAAACGGAGGAGGUUUGUAUUUAGGCUGUCCAAACACAAAUAACUGCACUUAUCAAUUUUCAAAGACCAACACUUUUAAAAAUAAUUAUGCUUCUGUUACAGGUGGAGGAUACUAAUGGAGUGAUGUAGAGCCUGUCAAAAUGCCUAAUUCUAAACUAAUACUAGAAAAUAAUAAAGCUGAUGUUUAUGGAGAUAACGUUGGAAGUUAUCCCUAGAAAAUAGUUUACUUGACAAAAGAACAGUACAAUGCAUAGUUAUUAAGAGCAAGUAAUAAUAAUGCUGUCGAUACCUCUAGAAGAUUAUAAAGUUCCUCCAUGAAUUAGACUAGCUUAGCUUAAGAUGGGGGUGUUAGUGGCUAAGAUCUUCCAGAAUUUUAUAUUGGACUUUCUGACGGUGAUGGAUAAAUUGUUGGAACUUAAAAUGGUAAAAAGAUUGAAGUAUCAUUCAAAACUACAUUAAGCUCUGGAACUGGUGCUCUUUAGUAUUCUCCAAUUAUAACUGGGGAAACAGUGUUCUAUUCUUAGUUUGGAGUUUACAGAAUGAAAAAUAUAUCAUUCACAGCUACUCCAGGUUAUAAAUAUCAGCUAUCUUUGGUUUCAGAUGGAAUAGAUAUGUCAAAGCCAGCUAAUUAAUUAUAAUCAAAGAAUCUUACAAGCAAUUAAAGCAAUAUUGAAUUCAAUUUGACUAUAGAGCUGAGAGAAUGUGCAAUUGGAGAAAGAUUUACUGAAACAGGGGCAUGUGACUCGUGUCCCGAGGGUAAAUCCUAUUCAUUGAUAAGAAUGACUGAACCUGGCACAUGUAAAUCUUGUCCAACUUCAAAAGCGAUUUGUAAUGGUGGAGCUAAUAUAGGUCCACAGCCAGGCUAUUGGAGGAAGAAUAAUUUAACAUCAACAUUUGUAAAAUGUUUUAACUAGGGUGCAUGCCUAGGAAUGAUCUCACCAGAUUAUGAUCCAUAGGGAACAUGCAGAACUGGAUAUUAAGGAAUUAUAUGUGCAGAUUGUGAGCCAGGGUAUUCAGUUUCAAAUUCUUUCGAAUGUGCAAAGUGCCCUGAAUAUAUUUAAAAUCUUCUCAGAAUCAUAGCUAUAUUGAUUGUAGCAAUAUGUGUCAUAGUUUACUUGAUUAGAAGUACUUUAUAAGGCGCUGCAGAUGUAAAAAAUGUAACAAGCGUGUUCUAGAAGAUCUUGCUUAAUCACAUAUAAUUAAUUGUACUCACAGCAUCAUUUGAUUUUAGCUGGCCUCAAGUCGUCAUGAGUUACUUCAAGACUAAUGAAACAGUGGGGGAAGCUACUAGCUAAAUAUUUUCAGUAGAUUGUUUUCUAAAUAGUGAUGAGGGAUAUGGUAAAAAUUAAGAUAAAUCUAAAUAGGAGAACUUUUUACUUGUUAGAAUAUUCUAUUUUAAACUGGCAAUGUAUGCUCUAUUACCCUUUAUUCUGGUUAUCACCUGCUACACUACAUGGACAUUACUUUAAUGCAGAAACAAGGAUAAAUCUAUACUCAAGACAAAAUCUACAUCUUCUGUUGUUAUUUUACUGUUUUUGGUUCAUCCAAACAUUGUCAGAUAUGUUUUUAAUUCUUUCAAUUGUGUUGAUAUUGAUGGAGAACAGAGAAUAAAGACCGACCUUGAAAUUCUAUGCUAUUAAGGAUAACAUUCUAUGUGGGCAUUAGGUGUAGCAUUGCCUGCUCUAAUAGUUUGGGGACUAGGAAUUCCAAUGUUUGCAUUUUUCUUGCUCUAAAAAGAUAAAUUGACAAUUGAAAGUCUAGAGACAAGGUAAAAAUACGGUUUCUUAUACAGAGGUUACAAAAGAAGAUUCUUCUAUUGGGAAAUAGUUAUUACCUACAGAAAAAUAUUCUUGAUAUUUAUUUAAGUUUUUCUUGUUCAAGCAGGAGUUAUCACUUAGGCUAUGCUAGUACUUCUUAUGCUAAUCCUAUUUAUGGGUGUCAACUUGACUAAAAAUCCUUUCUAAACAGUAGCUCUUAACGAAUUAGAAACACUUUCUCUAAUUACAUCACUACUUACUAUAUUCUGUGGAAUAUUUUUUAUAGUCUCUGUUGAUACAACAGAUGUAGAAACUGGAAAUGAAAAUUCAAGUUCUCAAGUCAGCUUAAAUGAGAAUACAAAACUUAUGCUUUUCUUUAUUAUUCUAUUCAGUAAUAUGGCUUUCUUUAUAUACUGGGUUUAUAAGAUGUUUAAUGAAGUGUAGAAUAUGCUAAUGAAAAAAUUUUCUAAGCUUUACACUAUUUUAUUUCUCUGUGGCAAUAAAGAGAAGUUCAAUUUAAAGAUUAGCGAAGCUUUAUUAAAAGAAGAAAAUGAAAUAUUCCGGGAGAAAUAUCAUGAUUUGUUAUAGAAACUCGGACAUUUAUGCGAUAAUGGAGAGCUAUUCCUAAAUUCAAAGAACUUUGAAAGGAUAUAGAGUUAUUUAUAAAUAGAAAAGUUUUUAUCAGCAGCUGGUAUUGAUCCUCUUGAAGAGAACUUAAAGGAAUUCGAGAAUCACAAGGUAAAAAGAAUUAAGAGAGACAAAAAAAAUUAAUCAUUGAGGGAUACACUUGCUGAGUCCUAGAGAAACUUGAAUAUUCCAGACUUAGCUGAAACAUAAGGCAUUGAAAUUGAAGAUAUAGUAGAUCAAUAAAAUCUAAGCAAGAAUUCUAAAUUGAUUAAGAAAAGUGUCACAUAGUCAAUAAAGACAAGCACUUAAUCAGGAAUUAACUUCGUACCAUAACUCUAAUGGGGUCAGAGGCGCUCCAUUAUGUUCAGACAAAGAUAAUUUAAUAGUCAAUCUACAAUGGAGAAAUAUGGAGACCUAUUUACAGAAUCUAAAGAAAUAGACCAUGAAAUUCUGAGUGGGAGUGAGAGUGAAAUGAAAGUAUCUAAAACUUCAUAAUCAUUGAAAGCAGAACCAAGAAAUUAGAAAGAUAAGAAAGUAAAAAUAAUAGUGGAUAAUUUAGAUUUAAGCAUGCAGAAUAAUACUUUAUCCGACAUCAUUAUUCAGCAAGAAAUCACUGAGUAAAAAGCAAACAACCAGAAAAAUGAAUUGGUAAUCAGAAAUUAGUCUUAAGCUAAGGUUAAUCCUACUGAUCUUAUUGAAGUAGAUGAUCAAUAGAUAAAUAAUAAUAUAGAUGAUUAUGCAGUAGAAAAGAGAAUUCAGAAUAGCUAGAUUUAAAUCAUUCUGAAGAAUAAUUUCUUGAAACUAAACUCAAAGGCAUCUAAGAAGCAAGAUAAUUUUGAAAUCAGAAAAUUAAGAAACAAUCAAAUUUAGAAUCAAUAGAGAUAUAAGAAGCUAAGGACAAUGAAGCCAGCUUCGAAUGAAAUUAAGUUAGAAAAUCUAGAGCAAAGCCAAUUAUCAGAGAAUGAACUUUCUCGAUAGAAAAGGGAUACCUAUUUAGAUGAUGUUAACGAUCAUAGCUUAUUGAUAUAAGAUGAAGAAUUUAAUUAGGAAUAGUAAAAGGAUAUUUAUGCUGUUGAAGAUGAAUAUGAGAUUGAUGACAGUUUAAAUUUUUAAACUUCAAAUUAUAACUCAAAUGAGAUUAGCCAAACUUUCAUUAGUAAAAUUAGGGAGUAAAAUGAGAUAAAGUUUAGUCCUAAGAAACAAAAGCACUAUAGCGAUAAAAAAGAUAUGGACAUGGACUUUGAUUAACAAGUAAAUGAAAAAAUUGAUAAAAGCUUCAAGAAUAUUAAUUACUGA